AUGGAACGAAAGACAGAUACCAGGACUUACAAGCUGAAUCAUGCCAUUCAGGGUUUACUGAGCAAUCCUCUUAAAGUCCAGUUUUACGAGCUUCUUGGCCUCAGUGUUGUCCAAAAGCUUUCAUUUCCUGAGAAUAAGUUCGACCUUUACUUCCUUGGUGUUGACAGCCCAGAUUCGCCGUCUCAUGGGAAGUUCACCUUCGAUCGUCAAGGCUUGAUCGAGCUCACUCAUAACUAUGGCACUGAGAGUAAUGACAAUUAUCGAGUAAGCAACGGGAAUGAGAAACCGUAUCUCGGCUUCUCCCAUAUAUCGAUCUCCGUGGUGAAUGUACAGUCUACCUACCAGACGCUGGCCAAAGCCGGUCACAAAUUCCAGAAGGAUGUCGCCUCUGAGAACGAGCGGGUGAUUGCUCUGGACCCAGACGGCUACUGGAUCCAUAUCAUCGAGCAGGGUUCGCCGAAUGUGAAUGUAUCAUCCGAUGCUGCUGGUCUGUCUAGUGUUAAUCGAUACGCCUUGAGAGUCACGGACGCCCCUCGAUCCGUUCGUUACUACACAGAGAUUCUAGGAAUGAAACUCAUCAAAACUCUCAAGCACGACAGCGAAAACUCAAAGACAUUUCUUUUAGGGUAUCCUUCAACAGGCUCCUUCACCGGAACAGAAGACAUGUCACGCCGUGAAGGAUUACUCGCUCUCCUCUGGCAAGAUGGAGAGAACACGAUACCACAGGUACAUAAUGGAAACGAUCAACCUCAAGGAUUUGGCCAUAUCUGUGUCACUGUCGAUAAUAUUGAUGCAGCGUGUGCACGGUUGGAAGGGCUGAACGUUGCGUGGAAGAAGAGGUUAACUGAUGGAAAAAUGAAGAAUGUCGCGUUUCUACUUGAUCCUGACAAUUACUGGAUCGAAUUGGUGCAAAACGAAGGCUUUACUGGCAAAGCAAAUUUCUAG